UUCUUAUAUAGAUACCACUAGAAUAUAGAUGAUGUAUCAUAUAUUAGUCCCAAAUCCAAUAAUUAGUUAACUCUGCAGCAUUUCACUAAUCUCUCUUCUUCAUGGGUACUGAAAAGCCUCUGCAUAUAGUUAUGUUCCCAUGGCUGGCCAUUGGCCAUCUCAUACCCUUCCACCAUCUAUCAAAAUGCUUAGCUCAAAGAGGCCAUAAAGUCUCCUUCAUAUCCACUCCAAGAAACCUUGAAAGAUUGCCAACAACACCCUCUCACCUAGCCCCCUUCAUACAUUUAGUUAGCCUCCCCCUUCCUAAAGUUGAAAACUUGCCAGACCAUGCUGAGUCUUCUAUGGACAUUCCAUACCAGAAAGCUCAGUUCUUGAAGAUAGCCUUUGACAAUCUUGAGUCCCCUUUAGCCAAUUUUCUUCAAAACGCAAACCCAUUCCCAGAUUGGAUCAUCUAUGACUAUGCCUCUCAUUGGCUUCCCAGAAUUGCAUCUCAGCUGAAGAUCUCAUCUGCGUAUUUGAGUCUCUUUACUGCUGCAACUAUGGCGUUUAUUGGCCCUCCAUCUGUAAUACUCAAUGGUGGAAGAGAUUUUAAUCCCGAGGCUGUCACGGUUGCCCCAAAUUGGGUUCCUUUUCAAUCCGACGUCGUUUACCGCCCGCAUGAAGUUAUGAAGUAUGCCGACGGCGCCGUCGGGAACGAGUCCGGUACGCCGGACGAGGUCCGGUUCGGUUUAGCUGUAGAUGGGAGUGAUAUCGUGUUGUUCAGAACUUGCGUCGAGUUUGAACCGGAGUGGUUCGACCUGGUUUGCAAGCUUUACAAUAAGCCGGUGAUAUCCAUCGGCGUUUUGCCGCCGGAACCGGAAGACGGGGGUGAUCCGGCAUGGAUUAAGAUCAAGGAAUGGCUAGAUGAACAGCGAGUGAACUCGGCGAUUUACGUCGCGCUGGGGACCGAGGCGACACUGAGUCAAACUGAACUGCGCGAGUUGGCUACCGGGUUAGACAAAUGCGGGUUGCCAUUCUUCUGGGUACUGAGAAACCCACCCGGGUCAACACGAGGCUACUCAGAGAUGCUCCCUACUGGGUUCACAGAACGAGUUAGAAACCGCGGGGUGGUAUCCACGGAGUGGGUCCCGCAGGCUAAGAUACUGAGUCACCCCGCGAUUGCGGGUUUCUUGACUCACUGCGGGUGGAACUCAGUCAUAGAAGGACUGUGCUGCGGCCGCGUUUUGAUUAUGUUUCCGGUGAUGAAUGACCAAGGAUUGAAUGCAAGGCUGUUAGCGGGAAAGAAAGUGGGAGUAGAAAUAGCUAGAGAUGAACGAGAUGGAUCGUUCACGAGCGAUGCAGUAGCCGAGUCAGUCGAGUUGGCAGUACUGAGUGAAGAGGGCGAGUCACUACGAGCCAAUGCGAGGAGAAUGAAAGGAUUAUUCGGCGAUGGAGAUAGAAAUGGAAGUUGCAUGGACAGUUUUGUUAAUUAUUUGAGAAACAAGAAGACAAAAUUUAUGGGUUCAGAAUGAAAAAUGAUGGGCCUAUACUAA